AUGGGUAAAUACGACAAGAAGCAGGGAAAGGGUCGUCUCGACAAAUGGUAUAAGCUCGCCAAGGAGCAAGGUUACCGUGCCCGUUCCGCCUUCAAGCUCAUCCAGCUCAACAAGAAAUACAACUUCCUUCAGAAAUCAAAAGUCCUAAUCGAUCUUUGUGCUGCACCCGGAGGAUGGCUCCAAGUCGCCGCAAAGUACAUGCCCGCCUCCGCACUCAUCUUGGGUGUGGAUUUGGCGCCGAUUAAGCCAAUCCCCAAGGUUAUUACGUGGGUUGAUGAUAUUACGACCGAGAAGUGUAGGCAUCAACUGAGACAGCACAUGAAGACCUGGAAGGCGGAUACCGUGUUGCACGAUGGUGCGCCCAAUGUCGGUGCCGCAUGGUUGCAGGAUGCCUACUCCCAAGCCGAGCUCGUCUUGAAGUCAUUGCAGCUCGCAACCGAGUUCUUGGUUGAGGGCGGUACCUUCGUCACCAAGGUUUUCAGAUCUAAAGAUUACAACAACCUCAUGUGGGUCUUCAACCAGCUGUUCAAGACCGUCGAGGCUACUAAGCCGCCAUCAUCUCGUAACGUCUCUGCUGAGAUUUUCGUCGUGUGUCGUGGAUACAAGGCCCCGCAUAAGCUUGACCCUAAGUUCUUGGACCCGAAGGCGGUUUUCGAGGAUCUGGAAGCGCAGCCGGAGAAUCAGGAGGCGAAGGUUUUCCAGCCUGAAAAGAGGAAGCGUCACCGUGAGGGUUACGAGGAGGGUGACUACACUCAGUACAAGGCCAUUCCUGUUAUGGAUUUCAUCACCAGCGUAGAGCCUAUCCAGCUUCUCGGUCUUUCAUCAACGUUCACUUUGGAAGCGGAUGAUGAGCAGACGAGGCAGAUCAAGAAGAUGGAGGAGACUACACCUGAAAUUAUCGAGUGCUGUCGUGAUUUGAAGGUUCUCGGUAAGAAGGAUUUCCGAUCUAUUCUCAAGUGGCGUCUUGCUGUCCGCGAUGAGCUCGGUCUUAGCAACAAGUCCAAGCCUGCAGAGGAGGAGGAGAAGGUGGAGAUCACCCCCAUGGAUGAGGAGGAACAGCUCGAGCAGGACCUCGCCAACCUCAACGCUGCCGAGAUUGCCCGCCGUAAGCGCGACAAGAGGAAGGAGAAUGAGCGCAAGAACAAGAACAUUCAGAGGAUGCAGAUGAACAUGCUUACGCCGCAUGACUUGGGUACCGAUCAGGCUCAGGACGAGACCACUUUCUCCCUGAAAACUGUCGAGAAGAACGGUGGUGUUGACAAGGUUGUGAAGGGAAGCAUGGAUGCGAUUCCAGAGGAUGAAGAGGACGAGGAGGAAGACUUCGGGGACGACUCAGACUUGGACAGUUCUGAUGAGGUUGACCGCUUGGAGUUGGAGAUGGAUGCCAUGUACGAGGACUACACCAACCGGAAAGCCGAGGCGAACGCCAAGUUCCGUGCGAAGAAAGCUCGUCAGGAGGUUGACGGUGGUGAGUGGCGCGGUAUCGAGGCAAGUGAUGCUGAGAAUGAGGAUGGUGAGGAUGAUGAGGGCUUGGGUGCGAGCGUCUCUGACGCUGAGAGCGAUGAGUUGGAGAGUGAUGAUGAUGAGCCCAGAGUGAAGAAGUUGUCAACGGAUCUUCAGGGCGAGGACCUGAAGGCGGAUGGUCUGAGUCGACGGGCAAAGCAGUUCUUUGACCAGGAUAUCUUCCAGGGUCUCGAUGACCUUGACGAUCUGGAAGACGAGGAAGAGGAUGAGGACGUUGAGAUGGGCGAGGAAGUAGAGGACGAUGAGGAUGAGGAUAUGGAGGGGCUGCAAGCGGAGGAGGAAGAUAGCGGUGACGAGAGCGAGCCUGACUUCGAGAUUGUUCCUAGAGAACCCGAGGCGCCGGAGUGGAAUGGAGUUGACUCUGAUGAUGAGGGAUCAAAGCGCAAGAGUGGAAAGGGUCUCGAUAUCAUUACCGAGGAGGCCAUGACUCUCGCUCACCAGAUCGCUACCAAGCAGAAGACCGCCAAGGACGUUGUGGACGAGCACUUCAAUAAGUACGCCUUUGCUGACCGCGAUGGUCUGCCUACGUGGUUCUUGGAUGACGAGAAGAGUCACUCUAAGCCUCACCGUCCUAUCACCAAGGAGGCCGCUGCUGCUAUCAAGGACAAAAUGCGCGCUUUGAACGCUCGCCCGAUCAAGAAGGUGUCUGAAGCCAAGGCCCGUAAGAAAAUGAGGGUCAUCAAGCAGGCCGAGAAGUUGGCGAAGAAGGCUGAUUUUAUCAACGAGAACGAAGACUUGACAGAGAAGGAGAAGUCGAAGAACAUUACUCAGGUCAUGUCUAAGCUUGGAAAGGGUAAGCGACCAAAGCAGAAGGUUACUGUCGUUGUUGCGACGGGUUCUACAAAGGGUCAAGGACGUCCUAAGGGUGUUAAGGGCAAGUACAAGAUGGUGGACAGCAGAGGAAAGAAGGAGAUGAGGGCGCUUAAGCGUAUUGCCAAGAAGAAGAAGUAGGCAGUUAGAUGAUGUGUUAUUAGGACAUGAUAUCAGUCGAUU